UCUCAUGUGCGACCGACGCCACGGCGAGAAAGCCCUCUUAAGACUGUCAACAACACUGCUGGCGCAGAGCCAUCCACAGAGGCGCAGUCUGCAAAAUCAAAUGAGAGCGUUGCAUCCGAUUCUUCAACUAAAACGAUGCCCAGUCCCGUGAAGGAACCCUUCACGCCGAUUCUCAAAGUGGUCAUCAAGGACGAGCGCAGUGUCCGGGACAAGUGCGGACUCGCGGCGGACGACUCCCAGCUCCGGUCGCAAGGCGAGCCUGCUCAAGCUUGUGCCACCACCGAAGAAGGAGGACAAAAUGAGGACGCCGGAGAAGGCGCUUCCCUUGCCUACGAAGCAGCAGCAGCACAGCCCGCGCACGUUCGCCGUGGCGUGGGACCAAGGAGGAGAGAGCAGCCAGGAGCUCGCCGUCGCGUCAUCGACAUCGCUGUCGCAGCUACAAGCCGAGGCGCCGCAACAGCAGCCCAGUCAGCCACAGGGGCAGCCUCAACAGCAGCACGGGGCAGCGGGCACAUCCGUGUUCACGGUGCAGAUCAUGGGGGACGUGCAGACCACACCGUCGAUGCCCAGGGCAAACCGAAGCUUCGAGUUCAGCUUCCCGGAGAAAGAAAAGAUGACAACACCUUUCCCGUGCGACUUCGACAAGGAAUUUGACAUGAAAAG